UUAUCUUGUGUCAAGACUAUAUAAAACAAAGUAACAAAAUCUUACGUGGACAGUUGUGAGUCAGAGGUGACAGAUAGGCACUGGGCACAUACAUAUUGGGCAGUAUGUGUACCAAAACUUUACCGUAUUUUUUAUCCGGAUCAGUGGUGAAAGGUUUUGGCAGAGGUUCCAAAGCCUUAGGAAUACCAACAGCAAAUCUCGAAGAUAAGAUAGUUGAUGCUUUACCUAGCGAUUUUAAAAUUGGAGUCUACUACGGAUGGGCUUCUGUAGACGCAAAAGUUUAUAAAAUGGUUGCAAGUGUUGGUUGGAAUCCGUUUUACAAAAACGAAAAGAAAACAGUGGAAGUUCAUCUUCUUCAAAAAUUUGAAAAUGAUUUUUAUGGGAAACAAAUUAAAGUAAUUUUCGCAGGUUACAUACGUUCGGAACAAGACUUUACUUCCGAAGAGGAAUUGAUAAACGCAAUAAAUAAUGAUAUUGCUGUCGCAGAAAAAGAACUGCAACAACCGUGUAUAAGUGCUUAUAAAGAUGAUAAAUUCUUAAAAGAAUAA